CCAGUGGCACACCUUCACAAAAAACGUUGAAACUUCGUCCCCGCACGUAAUUUUUCGCGAAAACGCCAAAAAAAGCAUUAAAAAGUUCCAAAAAGCUUUCCUUUAGGUCAAAAAAGCUGAAAGUUGUGACAGCCAAUCACAGUGUGACAUUCCAUGAUGACGUAGAGAGGCGAUGUUUACAUUUGAUGUCCAUAUAACUCAAUGUUAAAUUAGCGACUUUCAUAGAUGAAAAAUGAAUAUUAUUUGCCUUCUACUUGAAUAUAUAUGAUUGCCAUUCGAAAACUGAAUCAAAAAAUUCGCUGGAAAAAACCUCGUCGGCUCAAAAACUGAAUAAAAUCUCUAUUUCCUCGAGUUGAUACAACGCAUUCCGAAAGCUAACUUCCAAACCGGACAUGCGAAGUGCGAACGCGAACUGUGAGGGUUUUGGUUUUGUGUGAAAUUUUUAGUGAAGUUUUUAAAUUUCUAUAAAAAUGCCAAUGCCUCAAACAGCAGCAGGCUUCGUCCAAGCCUGCCCUGGAAAUCUGCCGGGGCUGGACACUGCCAUGCUGAUAGAAUUUUUUCAGAAUCCAAUGUUCCAAGAGCCUGAGCUCAGGCAUGUGAAAACUAUGAGAUCAACUCGUGUCUCUUAUGGCGAUAACGCUGUGGGUUAUGUGCAAGUGAAACGCGAGGGUGGGACAUGCCAUGUAAUGGCAAAAAUAACACCCGAACAUCGCAUCAACAGCCCACCAUAUCAGGUUCAUGUAGUUAUUGACGAGAAAGAAGAAAAAGUGAAGGAAGCGUAUUGUGCUGGAAGUGCUGAUUGUUGCAAACACGCUGUGGCAUUUGUCGCUUGGCUGCACCGCGAGGCCGAAAAGAAAUCGGUCACGGAUGUCCAAAGCUAUUGGCACAAAUCAAAACUAUCAAGCAUUAAGACCUCAACUCCGGAAGAUAUGAGGUUGGAGAAAAUGGUUAAGCAAAAGGUCGCUGCAGUUGUUGACAAUGACGCAGCUAAUACACAAGAAGAAGCCUUCUAUAAAGAGCUUACCAAGGAGCUAUGCAAGAAUAAAUCUUGCUCAUCUUUGCUGAAGCAACAUUUGAGUGUCAAAUUUUCAUACGCCAUUCACCAUUUGUUAAUGAAAUUUAUAGGGUCUGGCUGCAAUGUAAAUGCUGACGAUUUCGUACUUUUUUGUGGCAGCAUUAUGAAGGAAGAUGAGUGCAAGAAGUUGGCGAGACUAACUGCGAAUCAAGCCGAUGACUCGCUAUGGUUUGAUUUUCGUGUCGGUAGGGUCACAGGCUCUAAAGCUCAUGAAGCAUCGCGAUGCAAGACUGAUGAUGGAGUUACCGUCAAUAGUGUGCUGGGAGUCCAGAAAUUUAGGGAAACAGAAGCUAUGAAACGAGGAAAAGACUUAGAGCCCCUGGUGCGAAAAGCAUUUCAAAAUCAUAUAAAGACUCCAAUCUCAUGCAGCGGUUUUGUAAUGAGUGGUAAGCACCCUGUAUUUGGAGCCUCACCGGAUGGUCUAACGAGGACUCACAUCGUUGAAAUUAAGUGUCCUGUCAAAAUGGAAACAUUUAAUAAAUAUUUUAAGGAUGUAAAUAGCAGUGAGCCAGAGCCAGCCCCUAUUCGAGUCGCGCAAAUGGACUGGCAAAUGAAAAUGUGUGGGAAAAGGAAGGGUUAUUUCGUUGUUGCCUACCCAAAUUUUAAAGAAACGGGUUUAUUUAAAGUGGCAGAAGUCACACUAGACAGUGAUCGCAUUCAAAAUACAAUGAAUGACGCAUUGGAUUUUUGGAAGAAAUUUAUUUUCCCAAAGCUUGUGGAUAGCAUCUUAGGUGUUCGUGUAUCAUAAUAAACUAGAUGAGCCGAAAAGAUAUUUUCAAACCCAACUUUAUUUGUUGUUUGUAAAUUUUGUACUGCAAUGCAUACGGAUAAAUUAUUUCAGGUAAUGCAGGAACGUGUCCGACUUUGUUCACUUUUCAAAAUGACUAA